AGCCAUACGGCAUAUCAAUCCCACGCACACGUUGGUUCCAUCAAUCACUCAAAAUUUCACUUUGAAACCUUCUUCUCCUUUGUAACACUCCCUUUUAUGUUAAACAAAUGAAGUUUGUGUCUCAAUCUUCAAUCUGAUUACAUAUGCAGCUCUCACUUUGUUUGAUAGGUGGAUUUUAGGUGUUGUGCUUGUUUUAUAGUUGUGCCAAACUCGAUCUACAAACCUUGGUCUGUUUCCUUCUCAUUUUUCUCAUCUCAAACAUGUCUGUCUUGAGCAACCAUAGUGGUACGACUGCACCAUUGUUUCAUGAAUUGAAGAAGCAAGCUUCCUUCUUUUUCAAGGAGAAGAUCAAGAACGCAAGGUUGGUCCUUACAGAUGUAACACCAGCUCAAUUAUUGACUGAGGAAGCUACAAAUGGAAAUCCAUGGGCACCAGACACAAGGACUUUGGCUUCAAUUUCAAGGGCUGCUUUUGAACUCGAUGACUUUACAAGAAUUGUGGAGAUUUUGCACAAAAGAUUCCUCAAGUUUGAGAGAAAGGACUGGAGGGUAUCAAACAAUUCUCUGAUUGUGCUUGAAAACUUGUUGACUCAUGGACCAGAGAGUGUUGCAGCUGAAUUUGAGGUUGACAAAGGUGUUAUUGAACAGAUGGGAGGCUUUCAGCACAUAGAUGAGAAAGGAUUCAAUUGGGGUCUUGCAGUUAGAAAAAAGUCUCUGAGAAUAUUGAAGCUGCUACACCAAGGAAACUUUCUCAAAGAAGAGAGAGACCGAGCUCGAAAACUAACAAGAGGCAUUCAAGGAUUUGGAAGCUUUUGCCAGAGAACAUCUUCGGCACAAGGCAUUUUAAGAGAAUCAUCGUAUGAAACAUAUGGAAGGUCUAAUUCUGACUUCGUCAACCAUGAAGAUCAAGAAAAUCAGCUACCAUCCCCCAGUAUUGAAGAUUUACCAAAGAAAUUAGGAGAAUCGAAGCAGAAUAAUGAAAGCGUAAGCACCGACUCUAGCAAGGAAGCAGGGAAUUCAAGCUCUAGGGAUGGUCUGGUGGCUGAGAAACCUGAAACUCGAACAAGUUUUAAAGAAAACAAGGUUCCAAAGGAGGUAUUAGAUAAAUGGAACUGCGAGGAGGCGUUUAACCCACUUCUUUUGGGUGAUAACAAAGAUGAGUCCAGAAUUGAACUUUCUACUGAAGAUGAUCACCCUUUCAGUGACACUAACAAUCAAAGUGCAUCUUCGUUGCUUGUAUAAGAAGAAAAGAAAGAUCAGGAGUCAGAAAGUUUCUUCCACUGCAUGUGGAAUGAGACUGAGUUGAGAGGUUAUUGUUCCUGUUUUAAUUUUGGGUAGAUAAUAGAUUCUACUACAGAAGACCAGGCUCUAUCCUAGUUCUCCAGGUUAAAGCAAGGACAACUAUUGAAUUAGUUAUUUUACAAUCCUUAGAAGACACAUGGUCUAAAUCAGAAAAUCAGAAAUUAAUUAUUGCUGCUUA